GUCAGUCAGUCAGGAGGACCGCUGACAGAGGCGCACACGCUCUUUUUCUGACACAUUCGAAAAAGCCUUAGAUUGUGACAAUAUAUACUGGGGAUAUAACUGUUCUAUAAGUGUUUGUUUUGUUCUUGCUUGGAUUCUUCUGGAGAGUUCAGCAGUUUCUGGAGAACAUGUUUGUGUCCAUGGCUGUUCUGAUAUUAAUACAGAGCGUCCUUCAGGUGGCCCCUGUCACUGUAACCAGCAGCAGCCCCAGAGUGCAAGUGGUGGAAUAUUCAGAUGCCAAGCUCUCCUGUGAGUUUAAAACAGAGAGAGAGAAGAGUCCACGCAUUGAAUGGAAGAAGAAAGAUAAAGAUGUGUCCUUUGUUUAUUUUGAGGGCCAUUUCAAAGAACCCUUUCGUAGUCGUGCGGAGAUUGACGGGGCGACGGUUGUACUUCACAGGGUGACUCAGGCCGAUGCUGGCGAGUACCGCUGUGAGGUCAGCGCGCCGCUUGAUACCAUCACACUCGGAGAGACAAACGUCACACUCGAAGUGCUGGUGCCACCGCACACGCCGUCAUGUGACAUCCCGAGCUCCGCUCUGACUGGCUCCCAGGUGGAGUUACGCUGUAGUGACCAGCACAGCAUCCCCCCCGCUGCCUAUACGUGGUAUAAAGACAAGAAACCCUUGCCGAUACUCCAUGCCAAUGCCACAUACACCAUCAAUAAAUUCACCGGCAUGCUGGUCUUUCAGAAGGUCAGCAAGACUGAUGCAGGUCAGUAUCACUGUGAGGCCAACAACAACGUGGGACCCUCGAAGAGCUGCGAGGCCACACACAUGCAGAUUGAUGAUCUGAAUCUUCCCGCGUUGAUCACUGGUGUUGUUCUAGUGUGCCUGAUCGGGUUAUUGUGUGCUUUUGGAGUGUGUUACGCUCACCGGCAGGGAUACUUCAGCCGACAAAGAGGAAGGUGAGGCUAUUAACAUAGUGUGUGUGUAUGUGUGUUUGAGCGACAGUAAUGGUCAAACAGACAAACAGUUGCUAGAGAAAUCACCAAACACAAUACAUUGAAAAGUCUGCUGUCAGCAUUCUUAUCAGUCACUGUUGUUUGCUAGUGCGAUUGAGCUUGUUUGUUUGUUCUGAUUAAUUUUGUUUGUCUUAAUCGUGACUCAAGUAUUCAAAAUAUGGUUACUGCAUGAGACUAGUUCACUACUCGACGUCUCUCAUCCAUUAUUGCCGUGACUUGGAGAGUCGUUUACUAACAGUCUGCAAUUCUGCAUGUGCACGGUGUUGCGUUGGCACAGACUGUUUGACCUAUGACCUCACCGGUCCAUGAUUGCAGGUCGUUCUGGAUCCCGCAGUGUCACGGUGCGGCACACAUUAGCAGCCAGAACCUCAACAGAACUGAGGACAAGUGAGUCCAAAACCAGCAGCGUUUGCAACAGGACUUUACAAUAUCGAAUAACCAGCUGGUUAUAUGAACCUCAGAGCACACUGAUUUAGUUUACAGUGUGAAAUAUUGUUCAUCAAGGUUGCAGGAGGAAAAUAUUAACAACAGUAACUUGACAGUUAAAAGGCAAUUACAGAAAAUGUGUGUGUGCGCAAGUGAGAGUAUAUGUGUAAUAUGAUAGCAUAUUUUUCUCUUUGAUUCUUGUAUUUCAGUACUUAAUUCAUGUUUUAUAUGCUCUUCUUUCAGUCAACAUUCAGGAUACAGUCACACCCCACAGGAACCUCAGGAUUUCAAACACACGCAGUCUUUCAUGCUGUGAUGGCGAAUAAGAUUCAUGUCUGUGACACUGGAACCAAAGGAACUUUACGUCAGUCAGCACCACAGCAACUGUAAUUAGAUGGAAAUACAAAUAUAUAUAUAAUUCUCCAAAGGAAAACUAAAUGGGCUGAUUUGAGAGUUUGAUUCUGUACUGCCCUCAUGUAAACAAUUAUACAAAUGUAACCAGUGCGCCCCCUGCUGGCCUAGGGUGAGAAUAACAAUGUGUGCUCCUAGUGGCCAAUAUGAUUCUCUUCAGCGAUGACGAACCAAUCAAGCCGUUUCACGGCCUGUGCAACCUUGUGCCUUAACGAGACGGAGAAUCUGUAAUCAGAUUGUCAGACAUGUUUGUGCCUUUUUUUUAUUAUUAUUUGGACUGAAUAUCAUGUCAGUUUUCAACUUGCUGUAUAUUUUCAUUAUGUUUUUAAUAAACCUUUACACUUGAUGCAUUUUGUGUUGUACACAAUUUGUAAACAUACAAUGAAUUCACACCAACACAGCACAUAAG